ACGUUCCUGACCGGCCCUGCCGUCCGCAGCGGGCCACUUCCGUCGUAGGAGUUGUUACGUUUACGGCACGCCGGAAGGAGAACCUGUGAGCGCUUUUGGAAUUAUGGCGGCGGUUGAUAUCCGAGAGAGAGCGAGCACAAGCAGGGGGAGUGGCAGAGGACAGAGGGAGAAGCAGGCUCCUUGUGGAGCAGGGAGCCCUAUGCGGGACUCGAUCCCAGGACCCCAGGAUCAUGACCUGAGCCGAAGGCAGACGCUUAACCGAGUGAAACACGCAGAUAAUCUGCUGGGAAUCUCUUGGGUUGACAGUUCCUGGAUCCCCAUUUUGAACAGUGGAAGUGUCCUGGAUUACUUUUCAGAAAGAAGUAAUCCUUUUUACGAUAGAACAUGUAAUAAUGAGGUGGUCAAAAUGCAGAGACUAACAUUAGAACACUUAAAUCAAAUGGUUGGAGUGGAAUACAUCCUUUUACAUGCUCAAGAGCCCAUUCUUUUUAUCAUUCGGAAGCAACAGCGGCAGUCCCCUACCCAAGUUAUCCCACUGGCUGAUUACUAUAUCAUUGCUGGAGUGAUCUAUCAAGCACCAGACUUGGGGUCAGUUAUAAACUCUAGGGUGCUUACUGCAGUGCAUGGCAUUCAAUCAGCUUUUGAUGAAGCUCUGUCAUACUGUAGAUAUCAUCCAUCCAAAGGGUAUUGGUGGCACUUCAAAGAUCAUGAAGAGCAAGAUAAAGUCAAACCUAAAGUCAAAAGGAAAGAAGAACCAAGCUCUAUUUUUCAGAGACAACGUGUGGAUGCUUUACUCCUAGACCUUAGACAGAAAUUUCCACCCAAAUUUGUGCAGCAAAAGUCUGGAGAAAAGCCUGUCCCAGUGGAUCAGACAAAGAAAGAGGCAGAACCUAUACCAGAAACGGUAAAAUCUGAGGAGAAGGAGACCACAAAGAACGUCCAACAGAUAGUGAGCACCAAAGGCCCCCCUGAAAAACGAAUGAGACUUCAGUGAGCAAUGGAUAGGAGAGAAGCUUGCAAGACUCCUCUUGCCCAUUAUUGAUACCUCAUUAUUGUGACAGGCUCUUGAACUUUAAAAUUCUUUGUCACAACCCUUCCAUUUGUAUGAAUGUGCUUGUUCUUUAAAAAAAGGUUGUAUGGAUCCUCAUGCUUUUGAUAUGAAUAUUUUUUAUGUAUGUUUUGUAACCUUUCCCAUAUUGGACUUGAGCAGCCUCCUUACUCAAAUGUAUACUGCUAUAUACAUCUAAAAACAAAAUAAAGGUAUUUGUGUAAAUCA